AUGAGUGACUCACCUUUAUAUGCGCCGAACGACUCGUCGUUGCAAGCUACAUCGAAACGGAAAAUUCCAUAUCCAGUUAUUCCAUCACCUGAUGCUACAUCGAAUGAACAACGUCCGAUGGAAUAUAAAACAAACAAGACGCUAACAGGCAAAAAAAACAAAGCAAAACGGUUUCGGAUAUUGUUUUGUUUCUUGGCCGGCAUUUACGUGUAUACUUUUGCUGUGGCCGCUUAUAUCAUAUACCUAUAUUGGAGCUUUCCUCAACGUGACUUGAUACUAGAAAGUAUGAAGCCAUUCGUGGUUGGAUUUAGCAUAGAGAUGGUGUACAGAUUAUUCGAGAUAGCGCGAAUUGUGUAUUGGACACGCGGAAGAGUUAAUGUCACAUUGGGCAUUGCCAUGAUGUUCGGUACGUUAUAA